AUGGCGACCGCCGACGAGUCGUCGCAGAUCCAAAAGACGCCGUUUGUGAAGGAAUUGGCUUCGAGUGGCUUCUACCACUCCGACCGCCCUCUCACCCAACAAGCCCUGGCGCGCGCCCUGUCUUACUCCCUCGUCCCGAGCCUGCCGGAAGAAACCCGUCUGCGAUUUCUUCGCGCGUUCUGGAUCACCAUCGGUCGAGAGUUCCAUGCGAUAGACCGGCUGCGGCUGGAUAAGUACCUGUUUCUGAUACGGUGCUACGUGGGGGUUGCGUUUGAGAUUUUCCUCAAGAAUAAGAUCAAGAAUAAGAAGGUUACUUUUGCUGCUGCUGGAGAAAGAGAAGGAGAAGAAGGGACGAAAAAGAGGAAGCGAGGCGGGGCAGAAGAACGAAGUCCCGACUCGACGAAAAAGAGGAGGAAGGACAAGGAGGGACAGCAUGCAGAUACGAACGACCAUACGCAGGAACAAGAAGAGUCAGAGACACAGGAAUGGCCCGAACUCGAAGCCUACAUCUCCCUCCUGGAAGAAGGCCCUCUCUGCCCGAUCAACUUCGAUCCCACAGACAACAAAACGAAACCAAAGAAGAACACGACAUCUCCCGACGACGAGAUAGAAAUGCCCCAUGGCCCGGACGGUCUCCGCUAUCACCUCAUCGACAUCUGGAUCGACGAGCUGGCCAAGGUCAUCGAUACUGAUGAUGACAAGGAGGAAAAGAAUGACCAAGAAACAGGCGAUGAAGAGACGAAUAACGGCCCCUCAAAACCUCUACUGAAAGACCGAUGCAACGUCCCCAUCGACCUCCUCCUUCGCCCAUUCGAGAAACUCAAGGCCGAAAGUCCGACCAAGACCGUCCGACGCAGGGCCUGCGAGGUCCUCGACGACGAGCGAUUGGUGGAAUGGGGGUUCAGGACGAAGCCGGCUGACGAGGAGGACGAAGAUGAUGACGAGGAGGAAGAAGAAUGGGGCGGGUUUGGCGACUAA